GUUACGGAAACUGCUAUAUAAGCAGCGGCGAUGUGAUUAGUCUAGAGAAAAAUAGAAAAAUUAAUAACUCUUCUCUGCGUCCUCUGUUCUGGGUAGGAAUUACGAAUCUCCCGUGGGGAAUGCGGAGAGAUGGGAGCUGCUUUGCUGACCAAGAGUGAACUUUGUUGCCGUGCUAAGCGGUGUAUCGGCGGCAGAAAUUGCCACCGGAAACACGUUGAAGACGGGUGAUCGUUUUCCCAAUCCAAACGACUGCACAAGCUCCUCUUUUCUAAUUCUUUUUCUCAGAAUUUUCAUCUCAUAUUCUCUUUGUAUUGUAUAUACUCUUUGAAUAAAAUAUUGUCUCUGUAGCGGAUUUCUCUUUGCGUACAUUCAUGGCAGAAAAGCGCAGAGAUUCUCACUCAACCUUGCUUCAUGGGAGAUACGAGCUCGGCCGAAUGCUAGGACAUGGCACCUUCGCUAAGGUCUACCAUGCUCGUAAUUUGCAGACGGGAAAGAGCGUGGCGAUGAAGGUGGUCGGCAAGGAGAAAGUAAUCAAGGUCGGCAUGAUGGAGCAAAUCAAGAGGGAAAUUGCUGUUAUGAAGAUGGUGAAGCACCCCAAUAUCGUCAAGCUGUACGAGGUCAUGGCGAGUAAAUCUACGAUAUAUUUUGUUAUGGAACUUGUUCGAGGAGGUGAGUUGUUUUCUAAGAUUGCUAAGGGUCGCUUGAGGGAGGACGUUGCUAGAGUUUAUUUUCAGCAGUUGAUAUCUGCCAUCGAUUUUUGUCACAGUCGCCGAGUUUAUCAUCGUGAUUUGAAGCCAGAAAAUCUUCUUCUCGAUGAAGAUGGCAACUUAAAAGUUACAGAUUUUGGGCUUAGUGCCUUCUCUGAGCACUUGAAGCAAGAUGGUUUGUUGCAUACUACGUGUGGCACACCAGCCUAUGUUGCACCGGAGGUUAUUGGGAAGAAAGGGUAUGAUGGUGCUAAAGCAGAUCUCUGGUCUUGUGGUGUUAUUCUCUAUGUUCUUCUCGCUGGUUUCUUACCAUUUCAAGAUGAUAAUAUAGUGGCCAUGUAUAGAAAGAUCUACAGAGGUGACUUCAAAUGCCCACCAUGGUUCUCCCCUGAAGCUCGUAGAUUAAUCACAAAACUUCUCGAUCCAAAUCCUAGCACUCGAAUCACCAUAGCCAAGAUUAUGGAUUCCUCAUGGUUCAAGAAAUCAGUGCCUAAAACUAUAAGAACGAAGGAGGAAAUGGAAUUUGAUGCCUUCAAUGGUGAUGAAGAUCAAAACAACGGAGGCAAAUCAAAGCAACCUGAAACACUAAAUGCUUUUCACAUAAUAUCAUUAUCAGAAGGAUUUGAUUUAUCACCUCUAUUCGAAGAGAAGAAGAGGGAGGAGAAGGAGGAGUUGAGAUUUGUGACAACGAGACCAGCAAGUAGCGUGAUUUCAAGACUAGAAGAGGUGGCCAAGGCUGGGAGAUUCAGCGUGAAGAAGAGCGAAACCAAAGUGAGGAUGCAGGGUCAAGAGAGUGGAAGGAAAGGGAAAUUAGCUGUCGCAGCAGAAAUAUUCGCAGUUACACCGUCGUUUUUAGUGGUGGAGGUGAAAAAAGAUAACGGUGACACUCUAGAGUAUAACCAAUUCUGCAGCAAAGAGCUGAGACCUGCUCUCAAAGACAUAGAGUGGACUUCUCCCACCGAUAAUUCAACCAUUGCUUAGGUAGAGAGGAAUUUUAAGAUCUAUGUGAUUGAAUUUAGAUUUGAAUUUGUAUGUUUAUGUAAUUGUUAUUACUGUUUUGUGAUUGUUGUUUGAAAUUAAGGAUAAAUUUCAAUAUUUGGUA